AUGCCGGCCGAAAGGCGUUCUUUGCGAUCAAACAAUAAAUCCGACUCCUCUUCAUCCGCUAACGGUGAAAAGGCAAACUCGAACUCUCAGAGCUCGGGUGCGAAAGACAAGGCGCCCACCACUCGUGCCGCCGCCAACAAGGUCAAGUCAGCUCCGACCAAGAAAGACGCAAAGGGCGCAUCAAACGGCAAAAUGGGAGAGGAUGAUCAGUCGCAUACAAAUGGGUCAAAGUCAACCGAGAACGGUGUGAAUGGAUCCGAAGAUGUUGAGAUGGGAGAGGAUACGGCAGUGCCCCCAACCAAGGGUUCCAGAUCGUCCGGCAAGGAUAAGGAGGAGGAUGUGACGAUGGAAGGUGCGGAGGAAGGUGAUGUUGAGAACACCGAGCCAGAGGUCGACCCGACAAUCAAGGCCAUUCAAGACAUCAAAUCCAACUUCACCUUGCUCGAGCGAGCCGUUGCCCACUUCGACCCCAGAUUUACGCUCCGUGUUCUUCGAUCGAUAUCUUCGACCGCCUCGUUCCUGUUGGAAGCUCUUGGCCAAACCAAUGCUUUCGAGAAUGCUCCGGCCAACUCACAGAUGGAGGUUGACUCGGAUAAGAAGCCCAUCCCCAAGGAGACCCUUGCCGAGGUGGAUGCAUAUCUCUCUAUUCUCGUCCAGAUAUACCUGUUCGACCAGCGGGAGAUUCAGAAGGGAGCCCAGUUCUCGACAAGCUUGAUCGAGCGCCUGCGAGCACUGAACCGUCGUACGCUGGAUUCGCUCGCCGCCCGUGUGUACUUUUACUACUCUCUUUUCUUCGAGCAACUCGCUCCGCUCCCUCCUUCGCCUGCAGCGGCUGUUACCACUAUCCGCCAGCCAUUGUUGGCGGCGCUUCGCACGGCUGUGCUUCGGAAAGAUGUCGAUACACAGGCUACUGUGAUGACCUUGCUGCUUCGCAACUACCUGUCCACGUCUCAUAUCUCACAGGCAGAUCUAUUGAUCUCGCACAACCCAUUCCCCGUGGCUGCGUCUAACAAUCAGAUUGCUCGGUAUAUGUUCUACCUCGGCCGCAUCCGUGCCAUCCAGCUGCAAUACACUGAGGCUCAUAGUCAUCUGAUUGGGGCUACCCGCAAGUCGCCUGCUAGCCAGGUUGCUCGUGGGUUCUACCAGGCUUCCCACAAGUUGUUGGUCGUUGUCGAGCUGUUGAUGGGUGAUAUUCCUGACCGCGCAGUCUUCCGCCAGCCGGCCUUGGAACGGGCGAUGCACCCUUAUCUGCUGCUUUCUCAGGCAGUCAGUGUUGCUGAUCUGGAUGCGUUCCUCAACAUUGUCAACACCCACAGCGAGACUUUCCGGAAGGAUGGCACAUACACAUUGAUCUUGCGUUUGCGGCAGAAUGUCAUCAAGACCGGUAUUCGCAUGAUGUCGCUCUCUUACUCCCGUAUCUCUCUGCGGGAUAUCUGCCUUCGUCUCGGACUCGACAGCGAAGAAUCUGCCGAGUACAUUGUGGCCAAGGCUAUUCGGGACGGGGUCAUCGAGGCGACGCUCGAUCACGAGCACGGCUUCAUGAAGAGCAAGGAAGUGGGUGAUAUCUACGCCACCAGAGAACCUGGCGAGGCGUUCCACGAGCGUAUCCGCGCCUGUCUAGCGCUCCACGAUGAGAGUGUUAAGGCCAUGCGUUUCCCCAUGAACCAGCACCGUCUGGAGCUCAAGAGUGCCCAAGAAGCUCGGGAACGGGAGCGCGAGCUUGCCAAGGAGAUCCAAGAGGGAGACAUGGAUGAUGAAGAUGCGGGUGGUGAUUUCGAUGCCAUUUAA